GUUCCAAAAAUUCCAUGGAUCCAAGGCUCUACAAAUCUGCAAAAUCAGGGGAUGUUUGCUUCCUUAAACAACUUCUUAACGAUGAUCCCAUGCUACUAUAUCAACUUACACCCCGAGAAAACACUGCCCUCCAUAUCGCCGUGCAAUUUGGACACAAAAAUGUUACAGCUGAGAUUUAUAGCAGAUGCAUGUCCCUUGUCACACAGCCAAAUUUAGAUGGAGAUACUCCUUUACAUGUGGCUGCAAGGGUUGGGUGCUUCUCGAUUGUCAAUUAUCUGGUCAGAGAAACCUUGUCCAUGUCACAAGCAGAUUUCGGGAACGCCAACAACAGCAUGACUGAGACUCUGAGAAUCAGAAAUAGGGGAAACAACACGGUUUUACACGAAGCUUUAAGGAAUGGUCACACCAAAGUGGCUGAGUUCUUACUUAAGAUGGACCCCAAAUUGGCUUGUUUUGAAAAUGAGGCAGGUGAGUCUCCAUUGUACCUGGCUGCAAGAGAGGGAUUGUUAGAUAUUCUGAAUCAAAUUUUGCAAUCAAGCCCUUCAUCAGCUCAUGGUGGCUCAGAUGGCCAAACAGCUCUGCAUGCUGCUGUGGUUGAGAGGCAUUUUGGUGUCGUGGAAUCCCUCCUAAGGUUCAAACAGCAGCUGAUCAAACAAGCUGACCACCAAGGCAAGACUCCUCUCUACUAUGCAGCAUCCCUGGGAGACCAUAAAACAGUUCAACGAUUACUAGAACUCGAUAUUUCGAUUGCGUAUGUUUUGGAUAAACAGGGUUAUUCACCAAUUCAUGUUGCAGCCAGCAAAGGUUAUACCAAUGUGAUUAGAGAGAUUGUUGGACAUUGCCCAGAUUCGGGAGAACUUGUCGACCCUUAUGGACGGAAUGCUCUUCAUAUUGCAAUCUUCAAUGGGCAAACAGAAGUUGUCAGGUAUAUACUAGAAACAGCAGAGCUGGAGGGGCUCAUAAACCAGCCUGAUUUUGAUGGAAAUACGCCUUUGCAUCUAGCCACCAUUGAAAGAAAAACUUGGAUUUUGUGUUACUUGAAGUGGGAUGGAAGAGUAAAUCCAAGAUCCAAGAACAAAUAUGGCCAAACAGCAUUUGACAUUGAUAGGUCAAUCAAAGAAAUUACAUCUCGCAGAAAUAUAGUCCCAAGCAUUUGGGGACAUCUCCGGACACCGCCUUCUUGGUUGGACAGCAUCAAGAUCCUCUCAAGAGCAGACCAAGAAGAAACCAAUGCAGUGCAAACUUACAAACAAAUGGGGCAGACCCUUUUGAUGGUUGCAACACUUAUCACAACUGUGACAUUUACAGCGGCCUUCACAAUGCCUGGAGGCUACAACAACAAUAUUGGUCCAGACAAAGGGGUGGCUCUUCUGGAAUCAAGCAAAUAUCUCAAACUGUUCAUCAUCGCAGACACCAUUGCCAUGACUUUCUCAAUAAUUGCAGCUUGCCUUCUGUUCUGGGGAGCUGUUAACAGCAACAAGUGCUCCUAUGUUUACUAUUUCACAAGUGCUGCUACUCUUACAUAUUUCGCUCUGCAAUUCACUGCAGUAGCCUUCACAACAGGGAUUACGGCUGUCAUGCCCCAUCAGCAAUUCGUCAGAAUAAUGGGACAUGCAAUUGGGGUUGCUUUUCAUGUUAGUACCUUCCUGUUUCUUUCCCAAUUGGUCAAAAUGUUUUCCAUCCCUGAAGCCGGCAGAUUUUUUAUUUCUCAUCUUUGUAAGCUCAAGUCCAGAAUUACAAAUAAACAAUGAAGAAUAAGAGUGCAUUCUUCACUACUUGCAUGCACUAGGAUGCAUGUCAACAGAUAUCCCAUACACAAGGCUGAAAAUUAGUGAGGGUUUUGUAGUUCAACUGCUUUUAUUUCA